CGAUCCCAUCGGCUUAAUCGCCACGCGACCUCGCCGGACGGACCAUCUCUUCGACACCCAUCGUCGUCUUGCUUUCCGAACCACUUUGCGCGAAGACUUCGCUGUUGUCCUUUUGGAUCCCUCGAUCUCUCGUUCCCUCCUCCUUGUUCCGAUAUGUUUAAAAAGUUUUCCUUUGAAGACAUAUCUGCACAGAACCAAGUGAAGGCAUCUGUACAGAGGAAGAUUCGACAAAGUAUUGCCGAUGAGUAUCCUGGCCUUGAACCUCUAUUGGAUGACAUCCUUCCAAAGAAAACACCUCUAAUUGUUGCAAAAUGCCAAAAUCAUCUCAAUCUUGUGGUGAUGAACAAUGUACCACUAUUUUUCAAUGUUCGAGAUGGUCCUUACAUGCCAACAUUGAGGCUACUUCAUCAAUAUCCAGAUAUAAUGAAAAAGUUUCAAGUGGACAGGGGUGCGAUCAAAUUUGUCCUUUCUGGUGCUAACAUUAUGUGUCCUGGUCUGACGUCGCCUGGUGGUGCUUUGGAUGAUGAAGUAUUGGAGGAAACCCCUGUGGCCAUAAUGGCUGAAGGAAAACAACAUGCUUUGGCAAUUGGAUAUACAAAAAUGUCAGCAAAAGAUAUUAGCUCUAUCAACAAAGGAAUUGGAGUUGAUAAUAUGCACUAUUUAAAUGAUGGCCUUUGGAAGAUGGAGCGCUUAGAAUGAGGAAUGCGCACCGAGGACAAGUUAGAAUGCCUUCAGAAGAAUUUUUCAGAGGAUGGAUAAAGGAACUAUUGCCGUAAAGGAAGGGGUUUGAUGAGCGAGGAAAAUGAAGUUUGACAACUGCUUCAAGGAGCCACCACCACGAGAUAAAAUAUGGUUUCCAAAUUUUUCAGUUUUGUUAUAAUGCAGAUGAUGCUGUGUUGUACAAUUUUUAUCAUGUUUUAAGGUUAUUUUCAUUUCAUCAAUGCAUGGACCAUGCAGCUUAUAGACAUUUUACUUUUUGAGUCUUCUAUUUAUUUUUUUGAAACAAUUACAGUUUUUUCUUUUGUUUUUUACCUGUAUUCUAUAAUUUGCAAAUCCAAAUCCAUCGUCACA